AUGAAGGUGCAGUGCGACGUGUGCGCGGCGGAGGCUGCCUCCGUGUUCUGCUGCGCCGACGAGGCCGCGCUCUGCGACGCCUGCGACCGCCGCGUGCACCGCGCCAACAAGCUCGCCGGGAAGCACCGCCGCUUCUCGCUGCUCCACCCCUCGUCGUCUCCGUCGGCGGCCCAGACGCCGCCGCCGCUCUGCGACAUCUGCCAGGAGAAGAGGGGCUUCCUGUUCUGCAAGGAGGACAGGGCGAUCCUGUGCCGGGAGUGCGACGCCGCGGUGCACACGGCGAGCGAGCUCGCCACGCGCCACGCCCGCUACCUGCUCACUGGCGUGCGGAUCUCAUCGGAGCCGGCCGCUUCCCCCGCGCCGCCGUCUCAGGAGGAGGAGAACACCAGCAGCAGCCUCUGCUGCAGCGGCGACGACGACGCGGCGUGGCCGGCGCCAAGCCACGGCGCCAGCAGCGGCGGCAGCAGCAUCUCCGAGUACCUCACCAAGACGCUGCCAGGGUGGCACGUCGAGGACUUCCUCGUCGACGACGCCACAGCGGCCACCGCUGCUUCGGCGGCCGGAUCGUCGUAUCAGGGAGUCGCUCAGAACGUUGGGCUGCACGAAGCCGGCUACCCAGCUGCGUGGACGGCGCAGGAGCACUGGGUGCCGCGGGUGUACGCGGCGGAGCUGGGAGGCAGCAAGAGGUCCCGGACGACCUCCGGCAACCCGUACUGGUGAAAUUAACGGUCACUGUGGAUGGUACAUGACUUGUAGUAGAUGAUGUUGUUUCCGGGGGGCAUAACUACUCCGUUUUUGCGCUACUAGGCGUCCUUGUUCCUUGAUGUUUGGGAGUGU